UUGUAAUUACGCAACCAUCUGAGAAUCGGGCUGCAACGGCGCCAGAUUGAGUAACACGAGUUGAAGAGUUCUUCUUGCGCUGGUUUUAGAAGUUCAGUCUCCUCCUCCUCUUCCUCUUUCCCGCGAGCUUCAUCGUAACGGCUUUGGUCAUUGCCAGUAACUUGAAAAAAAAAAAAACCCAUGGAUGCUUCAGAGCGUAGGUACUUGGAGGAUGAUGAUACGUCAAUAAUGAAAACGAUCAAAGGUGCUACUACAGGAUUUGUUUCAGGGACCAUUUUUGGGACAAUUGCUGCCACUUGGUAUGAUGUGCCCCGUGUUGAGAGAAAUGUUGCUCUGCCCGGGCUUGUGAGAACCUUGAAAAUGAUGGGAAACUAUGGGAUGACAUUUGCUGCUAUUGGAGGGGUAUACAUUGGCGUUGAGCAGCUUGUCCAGAAUUAUAGAAUGAAAAGAGACUUCGUUAAUGGAGCUAUAGGUGGUUUUGCAGCUGGAGCAUCUGUUCUCGGAUAUAAAGGAAAAAGUAUUCCAACAGCCAUUUCUGCUGGAGCUGCUUUGGCAGUUACUUCUGCACUAAUUGAUGUUGGUGGUCAGACCACAAGAAUUGACAAUGGCAAGGAGUACUACCCUUACACCACCAAGAAGAGAUCCCACAUCGAGUAGCAUUACUAAUAUUUGCAGCAAUUGGUUGGCUUUCUCUUUUGGUUUUCCAGAGAUGUAAUUAUACUCUCAGUUCUCUUGAGCGAGCUUAACAGCGAUGGUUGUAUGAAUAAAAAGGUACUCUCAAUUUGUUCAACUUGUUUUUAUGGUUAGUUUCGGAUUUAUCACCAUUAAUAUGUGGAAGCUUUCUACUAGCAAAAUUGUCAAAUGGCACUAUGUUUUCCUCUUUCAGGGAAAUUUUAUAUCUCACUAUGGUUAGUUU